GGUAGAGGUUGACCUUUACCAAAAAUCAGGGGCACAUAAUCAGAUAACAAUGGACGCAAUGGAAGACAUUCUCCGGAAACAUUUUGAUUACCGAAAUCGAAAUUCCUCAGGCUCAGUUUUAGGAAGUCUGUUUUCGAGCAUAGAAAUAAAAACUUGCGAUGCUGCUUAUCCGGUAUCAUUUUCAGACGUAGACAUCAAAUAUGACGUAGGACUAGGGGUGCCUUUUGCAUGGUUCUGGUGCGACGCCAUUGUAGAAGUUGUGGAAAAUUUAUACCGUGAAAACAAGAAAUUUAAUGGUUCAAGAGACCGUAUAGUUGGACUUUUACGAGAAUUUUUAAGAGAUGAGAAGAACAUCGAACAUUUAAAGAAGGUCAAAAGUGCAAAGAGUGAAGCAGAAAUACAAGCAAUCCUUUCCCAUCAUUUGUUUGUACUGUUAGCUCCUUCAGCAGAAUAUUUGAUUGAUGGCCAUCACAGUUGGCCUGCAGAUUUGAAAAAAUGUCCAGCAUGUCAUGAAGACCUGAAUCUUGGGAAUACAUCUAUAGGACAUCACAAAGUUUGGUAUGGUUUUCCUGAUAUCAUAGUUAAUAAAACUACUGUCAAAGUUAAAAAAGAUGAAGAUGAGAGCAUUGAAGAUGAAGAAACUCAAGACUAUGAGUGGAGAGAACCUGAUGCAAAAAGGUUAAAAGUCACGAAUGAUAAACAGAAUGAAAUGGGAGCUGGUGGGGAAGGCUCAAAUUUAAGCCCUGAUGUAUUCACUACAAGCAUUGAGGUGAAAAAAGAUCAGGGAUUUGCCAAUGAAAAGAAUUUGAUACAGACUUUUGCUCAAACUAUUACAAAUGCUUUUUAUCAGUCAAAACUGAAUCCAAAGCUGAACAAUCUCUGUAUUCCAUCUUUCUUAGUCUCAAAUGUUAAACUAAGAAUUAUGAUGUACAACUGCACACAAGACAGACUCUACAUGUCUGAAAACAUAGCUCUCUGGAAUAAGGAUGACAGUCUGAAUGUUGGAACAGUCAUUUGUAUAUGGUUGGUGUUAAAUUUUGAAAACUUCCAAAACUGUGUUUCAGCAGAAGAUCUUGAAGCUGUUGGGCUUAAAAAGUCAACCUUUCAGGAAAAACUGCCUGGUGAUAUUCUUGCAAUAUAUCAAAAUGAACUAAGUAGAUACUUGCCAAUAAAAAAAGUAAAAAAAGAGGAGCAACCACCAAAGACAGCUUUUGACCUACCGAUGUCUAAGUAUGCCCAAAAUGUGUUGCAAAAGUUGGCUGGAAUGGCUCAUCGUUACUUUACAUAAGUCCAUUAGUUUUGGCAGGUUCAGAAUUAUUAUGGUAUGGUAAACCAGAUAUAAUGGUAUUUCCCCUUGGUGGAAGCUGUAGUAUAGUUUUACCCAAAGACAAGAAAAAGGAGAAGUAUAUAGAUGAGGAAAAACAACUAAUUGAAGUAAAAAAAGAAUCAAAAUUAUUAAGGGGGCAUACAAAUGUUAGCCAGUUUGUGUCACAAGCAGUUACAUUUUCUUUUUAUCAGAAACGUUUUCAGCUUAGAAAACCCAAGUCUUUUCCUCAGAUAGUUACAAUGAUACCAACUAUUGCAAUAAGUGAUAAAUGCUUUGAUGUUUACAUGUAUGAUACUGAAAACGAUAUUCUCUUAAGAAAUGAUGGGGAUCCAAUACCCUUAUGGAACAAUUUAGACAAUCCAUGUGAUGCAACAUUAAACAUGGGUGCAGUUCUUCAGCUAUGGAUGCUAAUUAAUCACUUAAGUGUUCAACCAAAUCUUUCCCAAUUAGAACUUGAAAAGUUUUCUUUGACAUGUGGAUUCGCAUCUAGUUUAACUCAUGAACGUUUGAGUAGGAUUGAAAAAGAAGUUAAAAUGAGAACUAAGUUCCUCGAUCAUGAGAUAAAGGAAAUUAAAGCCCCAAAAUCAUCAUUUAAACGUAAACUUUUAAAUUCAAACAAGCCUGAGAAAUAUUUACCAGAUCCAACGAAAUAGAACUGAUGGAAUCUGCACCAUAUUGGUAUGUCAUAAAUAAAAAGACUAAGAUAUAUAAGCACAAGAGUUAAAAUUAAGAUUUCAAAAAAAUAUAACAAUAUAUUGCCCCUUUACAAAUGGAAAAAUUGCUGAAUUUCUAACUUGAGUUUGCCUCAACUAAAUGCUAUUACUAAUUACUAAUGUAUAACAUUAUACAAAAUGCUUAUAACAACAGAAUACAUAUCAAGUUUGAAUUUAAGAGGUGUCACUUUAACUGUUCCAGAGUUAUGCCCUUAACAAAUGGAAACAUUGCUAAAUAAUUUGCUUCCGUUACAUGUGUACAUACCACUAAAAUUGUUAUAAUGUAGUUUAAAAUGGUCCCCAUUGUUUAUGAAACAAUCUACACAGCUCACUCAUUUGAGUUAAUGUUAUAUUUUCUUCAAAACAGUUAAAAAAAAAGGUAGAAAAAAUCUGAGGAGUGAAAAAAUUCAGAAUGUAAGGAUCAAUUAUUCAUACUGUCAGUCUGUGAAAGUAUUUGUAUUUAUUGGUAUUAAUUUUUUCAUUGUUAAAAGAAAAGUUACAUGUACAUGGAUGUGUAGGUUUUAGAAAAAAAAAACAUUUAAAGAGUAAUACAGGAUAACAGGCAUGAUGAAAAGAAUUCUGUUUUAUUUUACAGUGCAUUUAUUUUAUAACAUCUUUUGAUUUGUGGGUCAUUUGGAAAGAUUACGGACAAAAUUCCUCUCAAUUUUGAUUUUAAUUUUAUUUGUAGAAGAAGCAGGCUGACUUGUUAAUGCUUAAAUUUCAAUUUGUUUAAUCACCUGACAGUACUAGUUAAUCAAAACGAUUUUUUAGAAAAAAAAUCCUGAUGAUAUUAUGUUGUUCAUUAGAUGUUCAAAUGCAAAAAACACAGGUUUUAUAAAUAAUUAUCCUUAUUUUAAACAUGUUAAAACUGCUCAUAUCAACAAAACAUUUAAAUUGCAUCACGGUAUAAUCAUUCUAUUUAUUGAAACAUUUUAGAUAAGUGUAUGCUAUUUACAACUCAUAUUUUCAAUAAACUAAUUAGAACUUUAUAACAGAUUUCAUUGUUCUACUUUUAAACCUUUGAUGUAUAUUUUCUAAAAUGAAAGAACUUGCAAAGGAAACACAAUUGGUGCACUCCUGUAACAUAUGUAAUCACAAGAAAUGAUAGUAACUUGCUUGAUGGAUCUUGAUGAAAAUAAGUACCAAAUGAAUAAAAGUACUUUCACCGUAAUCAUGGUAAUUGGCAAAGUAUGGACAUGUUUCAAUAUUUAUACUCUUGUUUGUUGUUGUUUUAGAUGUGAUCCAAUUUUUAUUUUUAUUUAUUUUCUAAAUGAAUUAAGACAUUAAAAAAAUAUAGUAAUACUAUUCAUGCUGUUGCAUCCUAUUAAAUGUUAACAAGCAAGACAUUUUAGUGUAUCUUGCACUUAUUAUGAUGAUUUUUUUUUACACAUGUUUGAUCACAGUGUAUCAUCAGUUCACCGGAUAUAGGUACAUGUACUAACCAAGUUGGCAUGAUGGAUUUUGACCUUACAUGGUAACGGGAUGAAAUAUAAAAAAAUAACAUAUGUAUGAAAAAUUUCAUUGCCAGUUAUCAUGGUUAUUGAAACAGCUAUACCUAAUACACAUACACAUUGACCUUUCAGAAAAAGAGUUGCAAUGAAUAUAGAAUUAUAUCGGAUGAGACGAGGGCCAACUUCUUUUACAAGUAUUUGCACAUGCUUUUAGUAAUCUCUCUUGUUUUGGGAAAAUAAUGAGACAUCUCUAAUCAUCAACCUACGACCAAAUCAUUUCUUAAAACAUCAAUUAUGUUAAGAUUGAGGUACACAUUGAUAUUAUGUGAACAAAAGAAAGAUUUUUCGUUACUGUGUAAGUUCAAAAUCGCUCACGCCUGCUGGGUAAGUACCUAUAUCUGCUGUACAAUGAUACAGGAUGUUGAUGUUAAAGUGGAUGUGAAUAUCCACUGAUAUAUUUCAGUAAUAUAAUGCAACACAAUUACCUCGGCUACCUUAAUUUGUAAAUAAAUUCAUCAAUUUGUAAAAAAAUUAUUUAUAAUUAUGAUUUUUUCUAUAAUUAAUUAUCUGCUUACACAAUGCUUCUUAUACAUGUUUAUUUGAUUUUAAUGCUUUUUUUUUAACAUAAUAUCGGUCUCAGGGCUUGAAAAAAAGCUGAAACAAUAGUGAAAUGUUGAAUCAACUUUUCUCUUGCUGAGAGUUAUUGAUUGUUUUAUAGAUGAAUAUAAUUAUUUUUUUCAGACAAUAGGGCAUCUACAUUAUUUAAGCCAUUUUAGUUGUAGACUAAUGAUAAUAGGAAUGUAUUUUAAUUGUAUAAUGUCACCUUAUUAUUAUUAAUUUUAUGAAUUUAACUUAUUUUAUGUUUAACUUGUUCAGUACAACACUAGUUUUCAACAUUUGUAUAUGUUGUUUCUGACAGUGGUAGUGGCAUCAACAAUGUUUUAGUUUGUGUUUGGAUCAGUUUAUAAGGAAACACUAGUGAUAGGUCAAUGAAAUUUGUUAUGCAGUUGUAUAUAGACAUAUUUUUUUUUUCAAAUUUUUCAAAUUUUAAAUUUUUUUAAAGUUUCAAGAAGAAAUCUUCAAAUGCACAGUAUUGCGCAAUAGAUUUGUAAGACCUUUUUCUUAAACUAUAAGUAAUGGGUCAACUAUAUAUGUUGUAUAGAAGCAUUGUUGGCUGUACAUGUCUGCCUGGCAUGGUUCAUCUGACCUUGACCUUAUUUUCAAGGUUCAUUGGUCUUUGUUUAGUUAUCUUGGUUAAUGUUAAGUUUAUGUGACAGUUGUAAUGAAGCUUAGCUUUAUACUUAAGACUAUCAACAUAAUAUCAAUGAUUGGUAUAGAAGGCGAGACAUUUCAGCGUGUGCACUCUUGUGUAUAGAGUUGUAAAAUUUUCACCUCUUAUUCUUAUAGAGAUUUUUUUUAUGGUCUAUUUAGGCCAGGAUUUUUUAAUUUGUUGGUUUACGGAUCCCCGACCUGAUUUUGCCGAUUUCAGAAUAAAAAUAAAAUUGACUUUUCAUGCUUUUUUUAUUCCCACCGACCCUAACAAAUGCAUUGUCCCUGAAAAAUAAUUAAAAUAUCUCUUUUUUAUGAAAUGAAAUGCAUUAAUCACUAACAGAAUUGAUAACACUUUCUGUUGUGAAAAAAUAAAACUUCCAGGUUACGUUUCUAAAAAUAGACAAACCAAUUAUUAAUGACCUUGAAAUGUCGUUUGCGCAAAUAAUUUUGUGGAAUGAAACCUGUGAUUCAAAUCAAUUACGCAAUAAGUUUGUUUCCCUUAUUUGUCACCAGUCUGUAAGAUGCAUCUUUUCAUAGAAAUAGACUGGUCCAAAUGCGGACAGGUGGAAGUUUAAGACAUCAAGUUAAAGUACUGAAUAUUAACAAAUAAUUUGAAAUUUUCUUGUAUUUAGAUUAUAAAAAAAUAUCGUCCAUUUGGAUAAAAAACGGGAAUGCAUGACAACAAAUUUACCCGAUAUUCUCGUUUUUCCAGUGGACGAGUCUAUUACGUUUUUGACACGUGUGUUGAAACUUAUUUUUCAUGGAGAAAAUCUGUAAACCAACAAAUUAAAAAGACCGUGGCCUUACUAAACAUUUUUCUGUAGUUUGUAUAUAAGAAAUCGUGAUUAGGUCCAUAAAAGAUGAACUGCUAAGGCAGCAACCAUUUGAUUUUCUGGGGGAGGGGGGCUAUGGAUUUUUUUUCUGGACAAUCUAUUUUUUUCGCGACAAGUCGAAAACAAUUUUUUUCUUUCAAUUUUAGCAUUACAUAAAGUGGCAGCUGAGGGGGAAACAAACAUUUUUUUUUUCUCAGAAUCAAAAACAAAUUAUUUUUUUCUCCAAAAACUGGAAACAAACUUUUUUCCAAAAAAAAUUCCAAUGUAUGAUAAUUCAAAUUUGCUUUAACCAAUUCUUAUGUAUUUUUGAUAUUACAUUAUGAUUGAUAGAUAAAAGCUCUCUAGAUUUUCAUACUUUUCGCCAUGUUGUUCACAGUAAUGGAGCUUUUGCCACUUUAAACAAUGCAACACAUUUAUCACACACUUUCUCCAAUAUUCCACAAAACUUUACAUUGUUCUUGGGAUUGAUAAAACGAAUACCCCCUUUAGAUUUAUUUGGAAUUGUGUUUUUUUUUCCCUUAGUUUAAUGACUUUUAUUGUCAGAUAUAUGUUAGUUUAUCACAUGUACUGUGAUUGGUUAAGUUUGACAGAUAUUUUAUACAUUAAACAUCAUACAAGGUACCAAUACAUUUUUGUAUUAAAAAAUCCAAAAUAAGAGUUUAAAGUAUUGCGAUUACGACCUUAUUUUUCGAAUUUAAAGUACACCACAAUUUUCGAUUAUUUUUUAAUAUGUCAUUCCAGAGUUAUUGGACUUUGAAAAUGAAUAAAUAAAAGGCAUUUUUAUAUGUUAUUUACUAGCGCUUGAAUUAUUGAUCAAUUUUUUACAAAAUCAAUACUCUUGUUGUAUAAGUUAAUCAAGACAGGCUUUUGGUUUUGAUUUUUUUUUAGUUUGUCCUUAUAGAUUUAUAGGACUAUGAACAGUCAAAUAGACGCAAUACUAGCUAGGGUAUCCUCAUUUCUCCAGUGCCAUUUUAUUUGCUGCUGAUAACCCCCUGAAUGCCUUCUAAAUAUCCAAUUUUACUUUUGACAAUUUCAAUAUGCAUAAUAAACAUGAUAAAGGCAGAUCAUGUGCUCCUUACACAGCUGUUUAUUAAAUUUGAAUUGCAUGCCAUGUUAUGCUGGUUGGAGUCUUUAAGUUACUGGCUACGGAAAUUACAUAUUUUAAUGAUUCGUAUAUGUGUGUAUGCCAUAUAUGUAUAUAUAAAUGCUUAAAAUUAUAAUUGCUUAUAUUUCUGUAUAAAAAACUUGUAAAGAAAAUUAUGUAUUUUAAAUAUUUGAAUGAUGUGUAUUCCUCUUUAUUAUAUCUCUCUUGCAGAGGAUUUGCUGUCUACAGCACUUUGUGUUUAAUUCACUUUGGUACCUGCAAUUUUUAUGCCCCCGCAACUAAAAGUUUGGGGCAUAUUAUUGUACCCCUGUCCAGCCGUCCUUCUGUCCCAUUAUUGGUAUAUAGCUGUUUCACAUAACUCCUCCUACAGUUUGAAUCCUAGGAAGUUUUCAUUGUCUGUUUAUGUAAGCUCCCUAGAUUUGUGUUCCACUCAAUAAAUGAUGAAAUACGUGUUAUUAUCUAGCAGGCUACUAUGUUAUGUAUAACUAAUUGGACACUUUUUAUACCUCGUAUAUUGGUAUGACGUUGGCGGCGUCGUUGUCUUUGUGAGGCUUGUUUAGGGGGAGUAUCAAUAUCCCAUAUCCCAUUAAGUUUUUAUCCCAAUAUCCCGUAUCCCUAUAAUGUUUACCCCUAAUAUCCCAAUAAUUAUUUUUUUACAAAUAUCCCAUAUCCCUAAAACUAUUUUGAAAUAUCCCAAAAAAUCAUUAUAAAUUCAUUCCCAAGCCCAUUUUUUCCCUCAUCAUCACAACGUCAACAAUUUUGACUCUGGGAAAACAAACUGUGUUAAAGGAAAUUUAGUGCAUACUUCUAGUGUUAAAUAAGAAUAUACAAUGUAUGUGUACAAAAGAAGAAGUGUUCCAUCUUAGAGCCUUGUAUAACAAUCUCUUUUAUGUGAUGUUAAACGAUAAAUUUAGUGUAAGGGGUCUAAUUUCAGACUCUUUUUUUUAAUUGUUCAAACCGUGAUGCAUAUGACUGUAAAAUAUAAUUUUGAUAGCA